AUGGGAGACUAUGGAAAAGGGGGGUGCGGCAUAAGCAUUGUCUCAUUGAUUGGAUUAAUCGGUGCUCUUCGUGAUAACAUUUUUCUCCUCAAGGCUUUUGCAAUAUGUGUAUUUUCCUGCUAUAUUGUUACGGUUGUAGCUAUUUGCUUGCUUUUUAUUCUCUUCUACUCUGACACAACAGAAGGAUUUUCUGCACAAACAGUGCUUAUUUACGCUAUAAAGAACUACCAUACAAAUCGGAAUGUUGCUGAAAUCAUCGAUUCACUACAGGAGAACCUGGAGUGUUGUGGUGUCUCCUCAGUAGCACAAGGUUAUCGAGAUUGGAACCUGAGCUAUCAAUUCAACUGUACAACGUCGAAUCCACAACCUGAAAAGUGUGGUGUGCCUUUCUCUUGUUGCAAGAAAUCUGUAAUUUCGGAGGCGGCGGGAUCAUCUAAUCCACUCCUGCCUGCGAUGCGAUCGCUUGAAUGUUGGCAAAACGUUUUAAGCAAACGACCACAGGAACUGGAACACGAUAUCUAUACCAGGGGAUGUCUGCAGCCAUUGCGAAGUGUUUUUCAGUCGCAUGCUAUUUACAUUUAUUCAACUGUGGCUAUUAUAAUUAUACCGGUGUGUAUAUCUGCCUGCCUCACUAACGUUCUUGCAAAGCAAAUCGACCGUCAACGGUUACUCCUAAAACGAGAGGCACGUCGAAAUGAGAGACUUAGAAAACGGGAGCGUCAUCGCAUCCAAACAGCAACAUGCGCUGUCGAUCGAAGUCGAGAUGCGAAGGGUUUGCAACACAAAAUUGUCCCUGCUACGAAUCUUGACGAAAAGCCACCUCACAACGACUCGUCCACAGAACAACCCCGAAAAGAGCAUCGGGCGGACGCUUGUUCUGCGCUACUGCUUUCUCAUCAACAAAAGAACAAACGAAGAGGGAGUUGA